AUACCUUGUUCUUGUCCAUCCUACUGUUUUCUAUAUGCAGUUACCAGUCAGUCACUCAAAUCGGUCCCAGAAAGGGGCAGUGUGCGGGGCGGGGGAAAAUGGAGGAAGGAACGAAAGAAAGAAGAAUGAAAGGCAGACGGAAGGGGGAAUACCAAAAGUUUCCGAUUACUCUUGCCCUUUUACACACUUCAAAUCCCUCACUGAAACUCAACAAUCACUCGACUUCACAACACACGUCAUCAACACCGACCGACUAUCCAAUCACUUCACCACAGUUUCGACAACACACUCACUCACACCACACCAUCUACACCACCACCACACAAAUUUUCCUUU